CCCCCCCUCACUUCCUGCCCCUCUUUCGGCGGCCAUUGUUGUUUCCUUUGUGGCUGGCAGAGCGACAAGUGGGGCAGCGAUCAGAACGAACGGACGCACGCAAGGAGAGGAAGGAGGAGGAAGGAAGGAAAGAACAAAAGCGGCAGCGGCGGUCGAAGGAGACAACAAGAGAGAGAGAGAGACGAAGGGAGAGAGAGACGAGGAGAGAGAGACGGAGAGAGAGAGACGCGUCAAAAAUUAAAAGGAGCAAAGUCGACCCUCGGAACGUUGGGCGGACGUUGGAGCCGGCCGCACCUCUUUCUCGGCAUGCGAGAGAUUCCCACUACAUUGGAGCCUGGGAGGAAAGGUGUUCAGCAUCCAACACUUGUUGAAUCAAGGAAUAUUUUGUUACCACCCGUACACAUCAAGCUGGGUCUUAUGAAGAACUUUGUCAAAGCCAUGGACAAAACACAUGUAAAAAAUUGAAGACCAGUGUAGUAUAAUUGAUCUCAUGGAGCAAAGGGACUCAGCGCAGCUCGGUACAAAAAGCCAACAAUGCGACCAGGAUGCAAACAGCACGGAUCAUACUGGAAAUUUGACACAGCACCAGAGGACACACACAGGAGAGAAACCCUUCAAUUGCACUCUAUGCCAGAAGGUGUUUGCAGGGUCAUCAGCUCUUAAGAUCCACCAGAGAACACACACAGGAGAGAAACCCUUCAAGUGCACUGUGUGUGGGAAGGCGUUUGCACAGUCACCACAUUUUCAAAGACACCAGAGAACACACACAGGAGAGAAACCCUUCAAGUGCAGUCUGUGCGGGAAGGCGUUUGCACAGUCACCACAUUUUCAAAGACAUCAGAGAACACACACAGGAGAGAAACCCUUCAAAUGCAGUGUGUGCGGGAAGGAAUUUUCAUGUUCAUCAACUCUUAAAAAGCACCAGAGAACACACACAGGAGAGAAACCCUUUAAGUGCACUGUGUGUGGAAAAGCAUUUUCAGGUUCAUCUACUUUUAAAACUCACCAGAGAACACACACAGGAGAGAAACCCUUCAAGUGCACUGUGUGCGGGAAGGCGUUUUCUCAGUCAUUUACUGUUGUAAUACACCAAAGAAAGCACACAGGAGAGAAACCCUUCAAGUGCAGUGUUUGUGGGAAGGCAUUUUCAGAUUCAUCUACUCUUAAAAGUCACCAGAGAACACACACAGGAGAGAAGCCCUACAAGUGCAGUGUGUGUGGGAAUGCAUUUUCAGAUUCAUCUACUCUUAAAAAUCACCUGAGAACACACACAGGAGAGACACCCUUCAAGUGCAGUGUGUGUGGGAAGGCAUUUUCUGGUUUAUCUACUCUUAAAAAUCACCAGAGAACACAUACAGGAGAGAAACCCUUCAAGUGCACUCUGUGCGGGAAAGCGUUUUCACAGUCAUUUACUGUUGUAUUGCACCAGAGAAAACACACAGGAGAGAAACCGUUCAAGUGCAGUGUUUGUGGUAAGGCAUUUUCAAAUAAAUUUUCUCUUAAAAUACACCAGAGAACACACACAGGAGAGAAACCCUUUAAGUGCACUAUGUGCGGGAAGACGUUUGCAACGUCAUCAAAUCUUCAUAGACACCAGAGAACAUACAGGCAUCAGAAGAUCCCCAAGGAGUUGAGUCUGAGUCAAAGUGCUGCGAUGAUCCCAUCCCUUGUGAAAAAAGAACUGGAAGAAAAUCCCAGCUUGGACACUUUGAAAGAUAUAAAGUUGAAAUAUGAAGAGGUGAAUUAUGAAUUUGAAGAAGUGACAGUGAAGAGUGAAGAAGUGAAGGUUAAAUAUGAAGAUUCAACUCCAAAAUCGGACCUUCACAUCGAUGGAAGUAACGUGAAGCAGGAGGAGAAUUCUGACUGUGAGGCAGAGCAAGGCAACUCCCAGCAGUUUGUGGAAGUGGAGGUGUGGCUGGACUUCUUAGACAAUACAAAAUCAAAUAGAGACCCUGUAGGUGUGUAAUCUUGAGACAAUGAAGCUCCAAUAGAUUCACCUUUGUCACAGGCCUUUAAUGAAAAUGUGAAGUUGAACACAAUUCCUAGGUUCAACCUGCAGAGUAAGAGCGGCCAGUAUUUGUGGACCUGUGGAUUUGGUAGAUCUCUAACCAGGGGUGAGAGCCAAUAAGCCCACAAGUAUUCACUCUGUUAUAAUGCAUUUUUAUGGUGCUUGCUUAAUCGCCUCAGCAGCUCGGAGUUUUGUAUCAUAUCUAAACACAAACACUCGAAGGGCAUCCCCAAGUGGCAACUGCCCGUGUGUGGCAUAAGGUGGCCCUGCACCAGCCUGCAUGUGGGCAUGAGUCUGUCAGUAGGGGGCGAUGAUUGAUGUGAAAUCUUUUAAUUUUUGGAUAUUUGGAAUUACCCAAAUUUUGACAUUGACACCAACAUAUAAUGACUUGUGUUUUGAAUGAUAAUAGUGUGUUUUACAUCCACUGUUAAGUAGAAAGUGCAUAUUUUGGUUAAUGUUACUGGAGUAGCUGGGGGGGGGGGGUGCCUGUCGGAUUUGAACCUUGAACCUCUGCAUUAAAUAGAGAAUGCGCUCCCACUUGGCUUCGCUCAAUCUGAGUGUAGGUAUGCCAGCCUUAAUAUUUCGAACGGACGCAGAUAUUCCAUUGAGAGCGAUCCACGUUUCACAUGCCUACAGAAGGCAGGGCAUGACUGUGGCCGACAAGGUCCAAAGCUUUGUGCGAAGCGACAGACCAGGUAGCUUCCACACAGCAUUGCGCAGUUGAUGAAAAAAGAAUGCUAUCCGACUGAUUCGGAUCACCCACACACUGUAGACAUGUAUUGUGUACCCACAAUGUACACAUACAAUGUACAUACAGCAUAAACAGUGUAUACAUAUGUAGUGGCAUAGCACUGGCUGCUGGCAGAAAAGGGGAUUUGCGGCAUAUGGCAGUCCUGACGUCAGCAGGCCAGGAUAUAUGAGAGGGGGAUCUAGGGGAAUGGUCACAGAAGGGGUACACCAGGAAUCCGCGAGGAGGUUCCAGGAAGGGGGUGUGGCCGGGGCGGAGCGAGGCCACGCUGACAGUAUAAGAGGGGCCUCUUAGAGGAACCUCGGGCUGUUGUUGGAGUGAGAUCCCCAUUGUGUCCAUCGUCACUAUUCUUCUCGUCUUCGCCAUUCUUCUCGUCAUCGUCUCUGUCUCUACCAUCUCGGGGAGCCGCUAGUCAGACAGCCUACCAACUGUCCUAGCUGAGUAGUGUCACCGAUAAUAGACGGACUAAAUAUUAAGUGUGUUAACCCCGAUGGUGCUCGUUAAUAAAGAAGUGCCUCCAAGUA